CAGUCUACUUGUCUUCCAAGCAAUACCCACAAUCCAAAGCCUCAACUUCCACCACUUAGUCAUUCACAUCCCUGCCAGCUUCCUCUUUAAAUAGUUCAUUUUUAAGUGCUUAUCUUCCUAAAUGCCUUAGCAGACAAGUUCAUUCUAAAUGGCUUCAACAACCAUCAGCUCUGCCUUGCCUGAAUGCUCCUGCUCUUAUCUGCUAGAAGAACUGAAGCUGAUAUGGAAUGAGGUGGGACAAGAUCAGGAGGAAAGGGAAAGGAUUCUCCAAGAACUGGAACAGGAAUGCCUGGAAGUCUACAAGAGGAAAGUUGAUAGAGCUAACAUUUCUAGAGUGCGUCUCCAUCAAGCAUUGGCUGAUUCAGAAGCUGAGUUUACCAAUCUUCUCAUUUCGCUCGGCGAGCGAUCAUUCCCCGGACGGCCGGAAAAGCUGACAGGGACGCUUAAGGAACAACUGAACUUGAUCGCUCCUGCCCUAAGGGAGAUGCAGCUAAAGAAGGAAGAGAGGGUAAGCCAGUUCAAGCAAGUGCAAGCCGAAAUACGGAAGAUCAAGUCAGACAUUGCAGGUUGCUCGGAGGAAUGCCAGAAUGUUACGGUGAACGAAAGCGACCUUUCGCUGAAGAAGCUGGAAGAGUAUCAUAGUGAGCUUCAGAGACUUGAACGGGAAAAGAGCGAAAGGCUAGUAAGGGUGCAGAAGUAUUUGCGAGAAGUUCGUGAACUUGCUGCGACAAUGGGUAUGGAAUAUAGCAAAAUCAUUACUGACGUACAUCACAGCUUGGAUGACUCGAGUGAUAAAAGUUCGAUGAACAUUAGUGAUGCCAUCCUGGAGAGGCUUGAUUAUACUGUUAAUCUGCUUAAAGAAGAGAAGAAGAAAAGGAUGGAGAAGCUUGGCAGGCUCGGGAAAGCACUUAUAAACUUGUGGAACCUAAUGGAUGCGCCACUCGAAGAUCGCCAGCCAUACAUCAAGAUAGUGAUCACACCACCAUCAGCCUCAGCUGGUGAUGCUUUCCCAGGAAGCCUCACAGUCGACAUAAUUGGUAAGGUUGAGUCUGAGGUUGCAAGAUUAGAUCAGUUAAAAGCAAGCAAAAUGAAGGAGCUCUUCAUCAAUAAACAGAUAGAAUUUGAGGGCAUAUGCAAGAAGUCUCACAUGGAGUUACCUCCACAGUCAAAGAUGGAAAACAUCAUGAAUCUCAUCAUGCAAGGAGAGAUGGAGCAUGGUGAUCUCCUAACGAGAAUGGAAGAAUACAUUUCCAAGGCAAAAGAAGAGGCAUGGAGCAGGAAGGAUAUAAUGGAGAAGGUUGAAAAAUGGAUGGCAUCAUGCAGGGAAGAAUGUUGGCUGGAAGAGUUUAGCAGGGAUGAAAACCGGUAUUCAGUUAGCAGAGGUGCUCACAAGAACCUCAAACGUGCAGAACGGGCUAGAAUUACAGUGAACCGAAUUCCAGGAUUAAUUGAAAUAAUAAUGGCAAAGACUAAAAUUUGGGAAGCGGAAAGGAAGAAGAGUUUCCUGUAUGAUGAGGUUCCUCUGAUGGCAAUGCUGGAGGAGUACACAUUGCUCAGGCGGGAAAAGGAGGAAGAGAUACAAAGACAGAGGGAAAGAAAGCGGGUUCAAGCUUUGGGAGAGAAGGAUGAUCUUUUCAGGCCAAGACCAGGCACAAGUACCUACCGCAUACCAAACAGAAGCUUAAAUAGCAGCUUUAGCAGUGCUUCCUCUUUAAUUAGAAAGGUAGUUAGCCAAAAUCAGCAAGGAUCGAACAAUCCAAUAGCACAGAUGACAAGGGGAAGAAAAGAAGGAAAGAUGACAGAAACACGCGAGAAGAUGAAAAAUCACAGACAUGCUAUCAAAACCGAUACAGCUUCAGUAAUCUCAACAACCUUUUCAGGUUUGUAAACAAUAAUGGAGCUUCUACCUGAUAGCUCACUCAAGCAUUGAUUGUUUUCAAUUAAGAAAAAAAAAAGUAUAGCUCAAGUAUUCAUGUCAGUGCAUUUGAUCCUGAAGUCACCAACAGAGCCCUGCAUUGGGUACCUAUAUCUACACCCACCCACAUAUCCACCCAUACCCAAUGGGCAUGGGUGGGUAUGAGUAUGCUCAUGGCCUCAUGGGUGGGUACUCAAUAUUAGAGGACAAUCAAUUUAUAUUACUAAUCAUCAUAUGCAUGCAAUAUAUUACAGUAAUUCUAACUA